UUUCUCUUUUGAUUACGAUGUUUUUUUGUUUCGACUAUUCUUGGUUGGUUGGAUGGUUUUAAGGCAAAUUCUUACUUGCAUAUUUUAAACACACACAACUCUGUCUCUCUUGCCCCAGUGUUUAACACGGGACAGCUCAGAGCUGUGGAAGCCAAGUUCGUGUGCCCAAUGCAUGUUUCAGUCUGUUUUGCCCCUUUGUGCAUUGGCACACAAACUUGGGUUUGACAAGAAGGCAAUACUGAACCGUCCUGAGACCAAGAUCAUUUGUUUGUCAGUGCCCUCCACAAGGGAGGAGGUGGGCUGCUGGUGACUGGAGAACCCCCAUUCCAGGGUCUCCCAUCCCCAGGCCCUCCGUGGGUCUCUAACACAGUACUCACUGGCCAGAUGCUGGGUGGCAUCUGUCAGUCAGCAAUGACCGAGCAGAGGUGUCCAGUGGCUGUCCUAGAGUCACCAAUCAACUCCCCACCCAGACACAGCCUCACAACUACCAUCACUGAUUAUCGUCCUUUAUCCCCCCACUACGCGGUGGGGUCACCUCUCACCACUGUGUCCCCAGAGCCCAGCCCUUGACCGGUAACAUAGUAGACUCAUUAAACACUUGUUGAAUGAACAGUCUGCAGGCCGCCAGCCCGAUAGCAAAUGUCUGGCCACUCAGGCACCUCUGCCCUCCCCUCCCCCUCAUCUUCUUCCUAACUCAAAACUUUGCCCAGAUUCUGUCUAGUGCAUACACUUGACUUUCUUUGCCCUCUGUACCCGUGGGGAAUACAGAUCUUUUCAGUGAGUUCCAGUCUUUGGGUACACAGAGAUUCUGUGUGGGCUGCAGGCCGAACACACCAGCCAUGCAGACUCAGGGCCUUGGUUCCCUCCUGAAAGUGGGGAGGUGAUUUCCAGGGAUCCUAAUUCAAGUCCUAAAAGUUCCACAAGAGCCCCUUUAAAUAAGGAAGUGUCAAUGCAGGGGUGGUGUCCUGCUGCCAGUUCUGCCACAGACCUGCCCAGCCUCUGUGGAAAAAGACAUUUAAGUCUACAGAUGGGAUUCUUUGUUUCAUCCAUAAAAUGAGACUAAUAUUGCCAAUGCUGUUAUCUACUUAGCACACCGGAUUGUUGAGGACUGUGAAGUACAAAGUGUACAAAGAAUGUACUGUACUUUCUUUAAGCCUCCGUGCAACUCCUGGGGUUGGGUGAUUAGCUUUCUCCUCUGCACUGGCCUUCCCCAUAUCCAGUUUCUAGAGCUUCAGGCCAAGUUCCCCAUUCUCUCUGAAUCUCAGCGUGACACUUGAAGCUUUUUAACAAGCUGAAAGGCCACACAGGGAGUUGAAGAACAGCAGGAAUUAGUGAGCUGCUGUGGAGUAAAAAUGCUACCAGCUAUAAGUAAAUGGGCUGCAUCGCAUCCCACCGUUGCCUUGAUGGGGACCUACCUCCCACUAAAAAUAAUUUAAAGUUUAAUUCUCCCAAGAUGCAGGUGUAGAAGCAAAUAACGGCUCUUCUUUAGCAACUGUGGACCCGUUGCCUUCACAGAGGAGCCAUGGACCAAAGAAAGAUGGAGCGCUUUUCUUCCAGUAUGAUUUUGAUCCUGGCCUUUUCCAGAGCAUUUGAACUGGGAUUAGUCACUGGAUUGGGCCACUGUGAACUUGCCCGUCCGUCACAGGGAGACCUGGCCUUCAGAGACGACGGCUUUCAGUCCCGGGAGGAGCCUGCAAUUCGUCAUCGGCCUUCCCAGUUUGUACCAUCCACGGGAAUCCAGAACAGUAAGGAGCUAAACAGAACCUGCUGUCUGAAUGGGGGAACCUGCAUGCUGGGGUCCUUUUGUGCCUGCCCCCCCUCUUUCUAUGGACGGAACUGUGAGCAUGACAUGCGCAAACAGAACUGUGGGUCUGUGCCCCAUGACACCUGGCUGCCCAGGAAGUGUUCCAUGUGUAAAUGCUGGCACGGCCAGCUCCGCUGCUUUCCUCAGCCGUUCCUACCUGGUUGUGAUGGCCAUGUGAUGGAUGAGCACCGCACAGCUUCCGGGACUCCAGAAUUAACACUGUCUGCAUGUGCUCUUAUGCUACCUGGCAUCUGCUUUGCUAUACAAAGUUAUUAUUAACCCACAUUUGUGUGCAGCAUUUGCCAUGCAGGUUUCAUGACCUUUAAAAAGGCUGUCUCUCCAAUGUCCCAACUGAGAGAUGAUCAUUUGUUAGUAGCCUUGAAAUGGUGAAUAGAUUUCCCUAUGGUCCCUAACACUUCCUUAAAGUACCAACUACUUUCCUCUUCCCUGCCCUCUCCAAAAAACUACUUAAAAAAAAAAAAUGCCAUAUCUUGUUCCCAAGUCCUGUGUUUCUUGAUAUAUGUAACUCUACCAAGGGCUUAUUAAUAGUUUCUUUUAAACAAUUGAAUUCUAUCUUCAGAUUAUUAAAGGUUACUCCCAAUGUGGAACUGAGCACAAAGCAUUGAAUAGAGUUGUAAUCAGACUCAAUUAAGAUAGUAUCUUAAGGGCUUCCCUGGUGGCGCAGUGGUUAAGAAUCCACCUGCCAAUGCAGGCAACACAGGUUCAAGCCCUGGUCCUGGAAGAUCCCACGUGCCGCAGAGCAACUAAGCCUGUGCACCACAACUACUGAGCCCAGGUGCCACAAGUACUGAAGCCCACGCGCCUAGCGCCUGGGGUCCACAACAAGAGAAGCCACCACAAUGAGAGGCCUGCGCACCGCAACAAAGACCCAAUGCAGCUAAAAAUAAACAAAAUAAAAUAAAUUAAUUUUUAAAAAAGAUAGUAGCUUGUAAAUGAAAGGAAACGUUUGUAAGGGGAGCACAGGAGAAGAGAGGGCGCAGACAUCAGAGGUGAGAGACAGGAUGCUGGAGUAAUGGAAAUGUGUGCGUAUCCCUGGGAAACUAGGUAGAAAAGUGGGAGCAAAUGAGAGAUUUGAGAACAUAAAAUGCAUUACUUGAUUGAUCAGAUGGUACAGAGAAGCAGAUUAAAAAGCUAAGUUGAAGGGCAAGUUUCUAUCAUCAGUAGGAAACUAUAAGACAAGGACACUUGUUUUCUCAAGGAUUUGGAAAGAGAAUAAAGUUUCCUUGAAAAAAAAUUAUAUCUAAAUUCCCUCAAUGUAUUAAGAGUUCUUAAUACAUUAUGAUGUCUCCAUACCAAGCAAUUAUUUUAACAGUGGUAAAAGAGAAAAUGUUCACAAUAUAUUUAGUUGUAAGCCAGGUGAUAAAACUAUACAUUGUAAAGCUCAUUUUGAAAAUAUGUAUCUGGUGUAUCUGGUCUGCCCAGUAAAAGUGGGAAGUACGUUGACCAAUGUGUGAACUGUGGUUAUUUCUAGGUGGUGGGAUUUUUUUCCUUUGCACUUCUCUGUUUUCCACGGUGAGGGCGUAUUUUUGUUUUCAUAUGGAACGAGAUGACUACAACAGGCUUAAAACUGAGGAAACUGGAAGCGCCAAGAGCUCAGAGUGGUGCCCAGUUUUGUUUCCGGCUUUAGUGUGUGUGUUCUGUGAGGGACAAGAUUUGCUUCCAUUAUUUAUGUACUGCUGGAUCCACAAUUCGUGUUUUUCCAAAUUAGUGUCCUGCAGAUGGAAAAUUCCAAACGAGUGGAAUUUUUUUUUUCAAUGUCCAAUGACAGAAGGUGAAAAUGGGAUAGGCAGGGAAGCAGUGAGGGAUACAGAGCGUGAGGAUGGGCCACCCAGUGGGGAGGGCUGUUCUGUCCACUUACUGGCAGUGGGGCCCAGUUUCCCAGUUUGAACCGGGUUAGUUAGUCCCUACACCACAGUGUUGUUAGAAUGAAGUGAACAAAAUAAAACACUAGCACAAAAAGUUUCUCAACAAAUGGCAUAUUUCUUCUCUUUCUACCUUCCUAUUUACCACAAAAUAGUGUAAAACAUUUUUUAGCCCAGAAAUGGAAAAAUUUUUUUAAACAAAAAAAACUUCAGAGUAUUGAAAGAAGGCUUCUCAUUUGCAUGCAACUACUGUAAUCCCUAUCCACACUGGGCAAGGCUGGACCGUGUUUUCCAAAGUUGGGCAUUCACACUCUACCUUAUACAGGCCACAUCACCUGUGCUUAAUUGUUUUCUUUCCAUCAACUCAUUUGUGUAUUGCAGUAAAAUAUACACAACAUAAAACUUAUCGUUUCAACCAUUUUUAAGUAUAAA